AUGGUUUGGAUCCACGCGGGAGGCCUGGCCUCAGGAGGAGCCUUCCAGUAUGACGGCUCGCCUCUGGCAGCUUAUCAGCACAUAGUUGUGGUUGUCAUUCAGUAUCGUCUCAGUAUUCAGGGUUUGAUAAGCACCGGAGAUGAACAUUCACCAGGCAACUGGGGUUUCCUGGAUCAGAUAGCCAGUCUUCAAUGGGUUCAUGAAAACAUAGCUGCUUUUAAUGGAGAUCCAAACUCAGUCACCAUUUUUGGACAAUCUGUUGGUGGCAUCAGUGUCUCUAUGUUGGUUAUGUCACCUUUGGCUGAGGGUUUGUUCCACAGUGCUAUUGCCAUGAGUGGAGUGGCGCCACUGGAAACCCACAACACCAGCAACCCGCUGGCUAUGGCCCAGAUGAUAGCCAAUUCCACUGACUGUGAGAGCAACAACAAUGAGAAACUUGUUCAGUGUAUCAAAGGCAAGUCUGAGGAGGAAAUACUGAGUGCUAUUAAAAAGCCCCCCUUGAAGAUGUUUUGAAGAACAAAGAAUUCCAGAAAGUUCCUAUGAUUAUAGGAGUGACCAAUCAUGAGUUUGGAUGGAUGCUUCCCCAGCUUCUAGGGCCUGCUGGAUGGGAUCAAGGUAUGAAGAGGGAGGAUGUAACAUCUGUGAUGAACAUGUUCUUUCCCUCUCAUAUGCAGGUGUGCCUGUGUACAGCGGGACGAGACCCGGCUUUGUCAAAGCAGACCACUACGAUGAUGUUUUGUUUUUCCUCGGGGCUUCCUUUUGACCUGUGUCACAAGAAGAAGAAGAGCUGAGCAAGCGCGCCAUGGCUUACAUAGCAAAUUUUGUACGCACUAG